UUAUGGAAGAAGCCAUGGUAGUUAUUGUAGGAGCUGGCCCAUCAGGUUUAGCAAUCUCUGCAUGUCUAAAUCGACUUAAUAUCGAAAACAUCGUGUUAGAACGAGAAGAUUGCUACGCUUCUUUAUGGAAAAAAAGAACGUACGAUCGUGUAAAAUUGCAUAUUGCAAAACAAUUUUGUGAGCUUCCUUACAUGUCUUACUCAUCUAAUGCACCCACAUUUGUUCCUAAAAAAGGUUUCAUUUCUUAUAUUGAUGAUUAUGUUUCAUAUUUUGGGAUUAAACCUAGAUAUCAUAGCUCAGUUGAAUCAGUAAGUUAUGACGGUGAGUGUAAAAAAUGGCGGAUCGAUGUGAAAAAUACAUUUUCAAAUGUAAAUGAAGUGUAUUAUGCUAGAUUUUUUAUUGUUGCGACCGGUGAAAAUAGUGAAGGAGUAAUUCCAUCUGUGGCUGGAUUAGAUGGGUUUAGAGGAGAAUACAUGCAUGCAAAUCAAUACGUAAAUGCGAGAAAAUUUACCGGGAAAGAUGUUUUGGUGGUUGGCUGUGGAAAUUCUGGCAUGGAGAUUGCGUAUGAUUUGUCUGAGUUCAAUGCUCGAACUUCCAUCGUUGCUCGUAGCCCGGUACAUGUUGUGAGUAAGGAAAUAGUGUAUAUAGGGAUGCAAUUGAUAAAGUUCCUGUCUGUGAAAGUAGUAGACAAAAUUUUGAUGAAGCUUUGUAAAUUGAAAGAUGGAGACAUAAGCAAAUAUGGACUUCAAAGGCCAAAAGAGGGUCCAUUUCAUCUUAAAUGUACAACUGGUCGAUCCCCUACUAUUGAUGUUGGCUGUCUUAAAAAGAUUAAGCAAGGAAAAGUCAAGGUUUUUCCAUCAAUUUCAAGCAUAAGUGGGAAUUCGGUUGGAUUUACAAAUGGGGAUGUAACUAAGUUCGAUGCCAUUAUUUUUGCCACUGGUUACAAGAGUACUGUGAAAUACUGGCUUAAGGAUGGUGAAUCUCUAUUUGGUGAUGAUGGAAUGCCAAAACGAAAUUUGGAGAAUAAGUGGAAAGGAGAAAAUGGUCUUUAUGCUAUUGGAUUUGGGAGAAAUGGACUAUUAGCUAUUUCCAGAGAUGCCAAAAAUAUAGCAAAGGAUAUUAAAUUGAUUUUGAGUCACCAAAACUGA